AUGGAAGGGUCUGCGCCCAAGCGAAGACGCGUUUCUCCAGACCCAGAGGCGCCAGCGCCAGCGCCCGCAACAACAUCAGCAGCUGCGCCAGCACCGGUCAACCUUGCACCCGCAACAGCGUCACAAUCUCCAAGCCGACGACGUAGACCAUCCUUCGCAUCACCUACUCGAGCGAGCCUUUCGCGCUAUAACCCGCAAAUAUUGGAGCGACGCCGUUCAGCUGUCACAUCGACGCCAAGAGCCACAACCACAACCACAGCUCCGGCACCCGGCAUUCAAACCCUGACGCCCGUCGCUGCUCGGCCACGGCUAGGAGCAGACGGGAAUAUCGGAGCAGGCGUUAUCAACCAGCCGGCAGACAUACCAGGACAAACCGGGGGCGCGGCGAGACCACCAACGACCAGCUCUCAGGCCGGACUGACAGAGCCACCACGGCGGACUCCUACAAAACCAAACCCGAGGCCGUUCCCCCCCCCCGCACCAGAAGGCGACGAUGAAUCAAAUCCCUUUCUAGGACGGAUGCAGAGACGAGAGCCCAUCACAGGGGUGCCCAUACCCCCUCCUCCCGAGCCGGAGCUCCCGCCAGCCGUUUCAGAUGCUGUGUCUUCGACGCCUCCGCGAGGCAUCCACAGCAGCCCCAGAUGGAGAGACCGAGAUGGGCAUAAAAAGAAGUCACCGAUGAAAAGCUCGCCGCUGAAGCCGCGCGGUCUGGGAACCCCGACCGGGAGGGCCGGCGUCUCGAUGAGUCCGGCGACCCGUUCUGCUAUGCAAAGGGAGCUUCCGCUCCAGGACCGAAGCCUGAAUGCGAAUACGAAUCCCGCCCGCCAAGUCCUGGCGUCUGAUAAAAACAUCCACAAGCUAAAGGAGAGAAAUCGCCUGCGGAGGGAGAUUGCGGUUCUGAGGCGAGAAAUCGAACUUGCGGCCCGGGAAAAUGAGCGCAUCCGCGUUAUGCAAAGAGCCGGCCGAAUCGUGGCUCCCGAAAAUGAAGAGGACGUUUUAAAUCUGGUGCAAAAGACACUGGUCGCGACGAGGACUGCUCCCACGCCGAGACUUGCUCAUCAGAUGACACAGGCGGCGCUAAUGCCCGUGGGAAUCUUGCCGUUUGGCCCUUCAAGAUUGGCGUCAAAUCAAGGAGACCCCGAGACGGACGAAGCCAACAUCAGAUCUCACCACCCCGUCCCCAUGUCGGCCGCUGACGGUUUACCAUUCUUGCAACUGUUCAGUCCCUUCUCUGCCACGUCACAAGUCUCGGUUCUACCUUCGGCACACAAUCAACCUCUGCGGCAACGGAGGCAAAUCACGCUACGGUCUCGAGAUGUCCCGGGCUUGUUUACGGCUAGAGUCGACAUGGUGGUGAAUGCGAUGAAUCUGAAUAUCCUAGCACUCAAGGUUCCUGCGCUGGAGUCAUGCGCAAGACCAGAGCUCAGGCCGUUUGUUGACAAGAUAUGCUCUGGAGAUUGCAACAGAACAAUGCAACACAACGUUGGAAUCUUGUCUUGGGCCAUGGGGGAGUGGUAUCGCGUGGCAGUUCAGCGAGCUCGCUUCUGGUUCCAGUUGGAGCGGAGUCUAGCCGCCAAGGGCGAUUACUUGGAUGCGAUAUCACGAAUGCGGGCGGAGCCUGGACCGGGUGAGGACGGCUCUCAGGACGAUGAACUGGACACAUGUGACAGGGCAGACCUCUUCCGAUUUCUCGGCCAGCAGUCAUACGAUGUGCCGGUCCCGACGAUUUCAGAAGCGGGCCCAGAAUCGGCUGUGCGAUUGGAAUGGAAGAUCGAGCUCGACUGGACCGGCGAAGCGCAAAGCAAAAUGGGACUGUUCCUCGGGAUCCCUGGCAAAUGGCGGCAAGCGGAUGAGGGCGGUGUUUUUGGUCAAUUUGCCAAACUCUUGGAGGUUUUGAUAGACGGCGGCCAGCCCCCGAGGAAGGCAGUGCAAACCAUUGUGGCGCUUCUGACUGGCGCCUAG